GCUGAAGCUUGCGGAGUUCCACCAGUUUCUGGAACAGUUGGGCUCCAAGGCCUGGGCUGUAUGCGGCCCUUCUGAGAUCUCCGCGUGCUGUGCAUCUCUUGGCAUCCAGUGCGAGGACGACGCUGUGGCUCAAAUCUUUUCGGAGUUGGAGGAAGCCUGCGGAUAUACCUUUGAGACGCAGGCAAAGCCGGAAGUGGCUGUUUGCGACUUUCUGGCACACAUAUACCAUACCACGCCUGCGGGGCAGGAUUUCAGCAAGCUGACCGACGCAAGCGACUGUGCCACAGCUAUCCCACGCUUCGAAGAGAGAGGCCUCCUGCUGCAGCAUUAUGCGGCGCUGCUGGACUUCAUGACAGGUCUGGCUUCGAAAGAUGGCUGCAUUCUCGGAUGGUAUGACCGGGAAGGCCAACUGCCCUCGAUCCAGCUCGAGGAUGCCAACAUCUACCAGGUGAAUCAUUGGGUCCUUGAGCCGUUGACGCUUCGGGAAGACAUGAGUUAUGCGGAGAUCGUGACCAGCGACAGCAGAGAAGCAAGCCAAACAUGGUUUGUGUCGCACUGGUGGGGAGAGGCCUUGAGUUCCUUCGUGAAGAGCCUGGGGAAGCACUCAGAGAUCCGUGGCCUUCGAUCCAG